UUUUAAUUUUGUUAUCUAUAACAUCGUGCAUCGUACGCAUUCGCUGCAGUUCAAACAGAGACCGUAAUCUACUGCAAGAACGACGGUUGUACGAGAUUCAGUUAAAACGUUUUCAACGUUUUUUCCGUAUCCUCCGGUCCUUCUCGCCGGCUCAGCAUAGGCUAGUCUAACCUCACGCAGUGUCCAUCGGUUCAACAUUGACGUCUCAUCCGUGUGCAACAGUGCUGUUAUUGAGUGACGUGAUACAUUCAAUUUGCUAUGGCCGGAAAUGAUCAAAUGCCUACUGUAGAUUUCAAUAAACAAGGUGAAGUUGAUAAAAGAAUAUUGCAACAGAUUAAAUUUGUUGAACGUCAAAAUUUAAUACGUGUAACUAGGUUACAACGUAUGCGUAAAAACGCACGCUUUACUGGAUUGUUACUUGGUGGUAUCGCAUUGAGCAUUUACGGAUAUUCUAUUUAUUCAAUAAAACAAGAAACAUUCUUGGACGAUUUUGAUGAACCUGAAGUAAUACCUCUUAAGCAAUAAUAAUUCAUAACUCAAAAUGUCAUC